AUGUCACUCAACAUCCCUCAGCCACGUGGGGUUCCGAUACUAGGAAAUAUUCUCGAUGUCAACCCCAACGAGACAUGGAAUUCCUUGAUUAAACUCUCGGAGAAGUACGGGCCGAUAUUCAAAAUCAACGCACUGGGUAAACAAAUUGUCUUCGUCAGUGACGUCGCCUUGCUCGAGGAAAUUUGCGAUGAGAGACGCUUCCGCAAGUGUGUCACGGGCCCGGUCGUGGAGAUGCGCAAGUGCGCAAAUGACUGCUUGUUUACCGCAUACGACGACGAGAAGAUCUGGGGCGUCGCCCAUCGCAUCAUGAGCCCGUACGUCAGCAAGACUGCAACAGACCAAUGCUUCAGCGAUAUGGCAGAUGUGAUUCCAGACUUGACAAAGAAGUGGACAUCAGGAUCGAAGAAACGGGUUCUCUUCACUGACGAUCUCGAUCGCCUAUUGAUGGCUUCUAUCAUGCAGUGCUUCUACGGUCAGCGCGUGGAGCUCCUCGAAGGGCCCGAGCCUCCUCUUAUCAAAGCUUGGGAGCGUAUUACCAUGGAAGCAAUGAAGCGUCCCACACGACCGAAGAUACUCACCUGGCUUCUGUAUCAGCGCGGUUGGGAGAAUGAUAUCAAGACGAUGCGUGACUUCGCGACCGAGAUCAUCAAGAAUCGGAAGGAGCACCCUGAUUAUUCUCGCAAUGACCUACUGGACGGACUACUCAACAACACGGAUCCGCAAACAGGAGAGAGACUCAGCGACACGUCAGUCAUCGACGAAGUGGUGACAAUGUUCAUCGGCGCCGCGACAGCACCAAACCUUGUCGCAUAUGCACUGUAUUACUUGAUCAAGAACCCCAAGAAGAUGGAGAAGGCAAGAGCCGAAAUCGAUUCAAUCGUCGGUUCAAGCGAGAGAAUCCAGCUAGAGGACCUCAAGAAGAUGGAAUACUGCGAAGCCAUCAUCCGCGAAUCCCUUCGUCUAUCUGCCACAGCACCUGGUUUCAACAUCGAGCCUAUUCCAUCAAAGAACCGUAGCCCAGUCAUGCUUUCAGGAGGGAAAUAUCAAAUUCCGCACGACCAAGCCAUAAUUGCCAUUCUCCACACAGUGAACCGUGACCCCAAGAUCUUUGAAGACCCAGAAGACUUUAUUCCUGAACGCAUGCUCGGUGAGAAAUGGGAUAAUCUUCCAAAGGCAGCGAGGAGGGGCUUUGGAAAUGGCAAGCGUCAGUGCUUCGGUACGCAGUGGGCAUGGCGAUGGUCGAUCUUCACCAUCGCUAGCAUUCUCAAGGAUGUCUCGUUCGAGUUGGAAGAUUCGGACUAUAAGCUCACUUCUAAUGGGGCGUUUAGCGUGAAGCCGUUGAAAUUCUAUAGCCUUGUCAGUCCUAGGAGGUAG